AAAAACCUAAACUAGCAGUCUCUCUCUAUAUAUGGAGCUGAUUGAGAGGCGAGCUAGCUGUGUGAACUCUGUGACCAGUUGCUAAUUCUCACACACAAAGCAGCGGAAGAAUAUUCUUAGAGAGAAAGAAGGAAGAAGACAUGGCGAACGAUUCAUACAAGGAUGCCAUUGCAGGACUGAGCAAGCUUCUCAGUGAAAGAGCUGACCUCGGGAGUGUCGCCGCCUCAAAAAUCAAGCAGAUAGCGGCCGAGUUGGAGGCGGCCGGUUCGGAGGAGUUUGAACCGGCCGAACGUAUUAGAACCGGGUUCCUCCACUUCAAGACGGAGAAAUAUGACAAGGAUCCAAAAUUGUACGGUGCCCUUGCUAAAGGCCAGAGCCCUAAGUUUUUGGUGUUCGCGUGCUCUGAUUCUCGAGUUUGCCCUUCCCAUAUCCUCAAUUUCCAGCCAGGGGAGGCCUUUAUGGUCCGAAACAUCGCCAACAUGGUCCCGCCUUAUGCCCAGUUUGCACAGAAGACUGGGUCUGUCUACUCUAACGCCGUUAAUCAGUGA